AUGCCACCACGAUCCGGACCCAAGUCUGACCGCCUCGCUGCUCUACGCGAGGCUCGUGAGAAGGGAGGACGCCUUUCUCAAUGGAAGGCGGGCGACUCCGAUAUCUAUGACAACGUCUCGGAGGAGCAGUAUAAUUCAAUCGUAGGCUCGCGCUUGGGGCAGGACGACUUCAUCAUCGACGACGACGGGAGCGGCUAUGUCGAUAACGGAAUGGACGACUGGGGCGGUGGCGAGGACGAGGAAGACAGUGAGGACGAGGACGCUUUCGAGGGCGAGGACGAGGAGUACCGCAAGGCGCGCAAGUUGAGGCGUGAGAAGACACGCGCCAAGGCAGAGAAGGGCGGAGCGGGGAAACCUCAAGCAAAGCCAAAGCCCAAGUCUGCAUUCUCGGAUUACGCCCGGCCCGCCGUGUCCGCUUCGACGUACCGGCCCGCCAAGCCGACUGUGAACGAGGAUGACUUCAUGGCGUCCCUCCUCUCCACCGUCACCGCCGAACCGUCGCGUAAGCGCCGCUCGUCGCCGGACUACCCCUCUAGUUCUCCAGCCGUUCCUAGCUCCGACUCGGGCUUCUUCUCCUCUGGCAGCGUGCGCAAGCGCUACGGCGACAGCAGCGACGAUGAGGCGUGGGACCCGAUGCGUGGCAAUAUGGGCAAGAGGCCGCGCGUAUCGGACGUUACCAUCAAGCCCGAGCCGUUGUCAGACGAGGAGGGUGUUGACUUCGGCGACGCGAUGGACGUGGACGACGAGAUCGUUGUCAAGCCUGAGCCCAUCGACGACGACGAUGAGGAGGAGAUGGAUAUCAAGCCUGUAGAGCGUCGUUCAGGUAUGGCACCGAGAGCGGCCCGCCGCCGCCGCCUGGUCAACUCUACCGCUGUCAAGCACAUCAAGAAAGAGCCCACCCCUGAGCCUGAGCCCGAGGUCGAGAUGAAGAAGCAGACGUUUGUCCGCAAGCCCGCCCCAGAGCGAGCACACUGGCAGAGCGUGCAGGCAGCUCUAGCAGAUAACGCGGACCUCGACGCUGUGCGCGUGCCACAGGGCUUCACCAAGGCCGAGAACGUCCUUGAGGAGGACGGUUCGCUCAACAUGUUCUGGCUCGACUUCCAGGAGCAGGACGGAGUCGUGCACCUCAUUGGCAAGGUGCUCGACCGCCAGUCUGGAAAGUACGUCAGCGCGUGCGUGAGCGUGCAGGGCAUCCAGCGCAACUUGUUCGUCAAGCCCCGCUCAAAGCGAUUUGCGGGAGGGCGUGAGACGCACCUGGAGGUGUCGCAGGACGACGUCUACCAGGAGUUCGAUGCCCUGCGCAACAAACACGGUAUCGAGGAGUGGCGUGCCAAGUUUGUCAACCGCAAGUACGCGUUCGAGGAUCACACCGUCGAUCACGGCGAAAGCGAGUGGAUGAAGGUCGUCUACCCCUACAACCAGCCGGAGAUUCCACUCAGCAGCGCCGGUGCGACCUUCUCCCACAUCUUUGGCGCCAACACAAGCGCGUUCGAGCUGCUUGUGCUCAAGCGACGGAUCAUGGGACCAUGCUGGCUGAAAAUCACCAACGUCAAGCUCUCUGACAAGUCGGCGACGUGGACCAAGAUCGAGUUCACCGUCAAGGACCCGAAGAAUGUCAACCCCGUGGACGAGGACGACCCGUCGGCGCCGAAGGAGAUGCCUCCGCUCACAAUGAUGAGUAUCGCGCUUCGUACGAUCGUCAACCACCGCGAGAACAAGACCGAGAUUCUCAUCGCGACGACGAGGACCUGGGAGGGCGUCAACAUCGAGGACCCCACACCACCCGACCGCCAGCCCUCGUCGCUCACGACCAUCGUGCGCCCAAUCGAGAAGUUCCCGCCCGCCCUUGAGGCGCGCUCCAAGAGCGAGCGCUCUCAGUUCCAGGCUGUGAAGGCGGAGCGCGCUCUGCUGAACUCACUCCUCGCCACGAUCCAGCGCCACGACCCGGAUGUCAUUGUCGGUCACAACUUCCUAGGCAAUACGUUUGAGGCGCUCCUCUAUCGCCUCAAGGAGCUCAAGGCGGACCACUGGAGCCGCAUCGGUCGCUUCCGCCGAAAGGGUUUCCAGAUCAGCAAGGCCGGGUCCAAUGUGCGCCUACUGGCCGGCCGCCUUGUUGUCGACUUGUCCAGCGAUGCCGCGAAGGACAUGGUCCCGUCAACCACCUGGUCCCUCACCGAGAUUGUCUCCACGCACCUCAAGGUCGCGCGCGAGGACGUGGACCCGGAAGACAUCCACACCUACUUCGACCACACGCUCAGCAACCCGGACAAGCUCAUCCAGUACAUUCGCCUGGCUGAAGUUGACGCUUUCUUCCAGAUGGCUAUCGCGUCACGCCUCCAGCUGCUCCCGUUGACAAAGCAGCUCACCAACCUUGCCGGCAACUCCUGGAACCUAACGCUCAACGGUGGCCGUGCAGUUCGCAACGACUUCAUUCUCCUCCACGAGUUCCACCGGCUCAAGUAUGUCUGCCCGGAUAAGGCGUUCAAGCAGAACAAGGUCAAGAUCAUCAACGACGACGGCGAGAUGGAGGAGGUCAACUCAGGGAACAAGCGCGGCAAGGCGAAGUACGCUGGCGGUCUCGUCUUUGAGCCCAAGCGCGGGCUGUGGGACACGUACAUCCUCGUGAUGGACUUCCUCUCGCUGUACCCUUCCAUCAUCCAGGAGUACAACAUUGACUUUACAACAGUCGAUCGCGCUAAUGUGGAGGAGAGCGAGGAGGAGAAGAUCCCUGAUGUGCCCUCAAGCGACAUGGCGCAGGGCGUUCUCCCUCGUAUCAUUGCCACGCUUGUCCAGCGUCGUCGCCAGGUCAAGAGCCUCAUGAAGGACAAGAAUGCUGGGGCGGCCAAGCUCCAGCAGUGGGACAUCAAGCAGCUCGCGUUGAAGCUUACCGCCAACUCGAUGUACGGCUGCCUUGGCUUUGUCGGCUCGCGCUUCUCGUCUCGUCCGCUCGCUGCGCUUACGACCUUCAAGGGUCGUGAGAUUCUUACGCACACGCGCGAGUUGGCGGAGUCGCUCUCGCUCGACGUCGUCUAUGGUGACACCGAUUCGGUCUUCGUCAACUCCAAUGUCACAACGUACGCCGAGGCGGUGAAGAUCGCCAACGAGUUCAAGGUACUCGUUAACGAGCGGUACAAGCUUCUCGAAAUCGACCUCGAUGCGAUGUUUGAGCGUGUGCUCCUUCUCAACAAGAAGAAGUACGCGGCCGUCAAGAUUGAUGAGGCGGGCGAGCGCUCUACUGAGGUCAAAGGCCUCGACAUGAAGCGUCGCGAGUUCUCCAAGCUGUCCAAGGAUGCGUCGGCCGCCGUGCUGAAGGAGGUUCUGAGUGGAGAGGCGACCGAGAACGUCAUCGCCAGCAUCCACGAGUACCUCACGGAGCUCGGCGAGACUGUGCGCUCUGGCGCAGUGCCGAUCGAAGACUUCAUCAUCUUCAAACGACUCGGGAAGAACCCCGAGGACUACCCCGACAAGAAGAGUCAGCCGCACGUGCAGGUGGCCCUACGCAUGAAGGCCAAGGGUGCUGCAGUGCGCGCACACGACGUCAUCCCGUACAUCCUCUGCGUCGGAGAGGAUGGCAAGGCGGCACGUAGCGCGCAGGCUGACCGCGCAUUCCACCCAGACGACUUGCGGCGACAGGGCAGUGAGCUCAAAAUCGACUAUGACUUGUACCUCGACGCACAGGUCCUGCAGCCCGUUCUGCGCCUGUGCGAGAACAUCGAGGGAACAGAGCGCGCGCGGCUUGCUGAGUGCCUCGGCCUCGACCCAGCACGGUACACCAGUUCGUCUCACGAAGUUGCCGAGCGCACCUUCCACCGCUUCGAGAGCCAGAUUCCAGACAAGGAGCGGUUCAAGGAUGCGGCGCCGUUCGCUCUGCGCUGCGGCUCAUGCGAAGCGACGUUCUCCUUUGAGGGUAUCAGGCCCGAUGCGGAGGAGCCCGAAGCUGCAACUUUGCGCCGCCACGGUAUCGUGUGUCUGUCGUGCUCGGCCUCUGUGCCCUUCUCGAGCGCCGCACUGCAGCUCGAGAACGCGGUGCGCGGCUUCAUCUCUAAGUACUACCUCGGCUGGACGGUAUGUGACGCGGACGACUGCGGGGCGCGCACACGCGCCAUGAGCGUGUAUGGCCGCCGGUGUCUGGGCUUCAACAAGCCGGGGUGCAAGGGCGUCGUGCAUCUCGAGUACUCUGACCUCGCGCUCCACAACCAGCUGCUGUACCUACGCCACUUGUUUGAUAGCGACAAGGCACUUGCGGCGGUGCGCGGUGGCGCCCAUUUCGACGAGGUGCGCGCGCUUGUGGCGGCGAACUCUGCUGGACUCGCUUUGGCACUUGGCGUGGUUGACAAGUACCUCGACUGCAAUGGGCGGCGGUUCGUCAACAUGGGCAGACUGUUUGGAUUUAUGGAGCGUGUGAAGGUUGCCGUGUAG